CUACUACCCCCUUCCACCCCAAUCUCGAGUAUGGAUGCUCAGCUAGACACGGAGUUGGGUUGCACAUAACCCCGCAAAGUCCGGUACUAGUCCACCGGAUCCCAAGGAAUUAAGCGCUCAAAACCCGGAGGAUCAGCUUGUAUUACAUUUAAGAAUCGCUGCGAUACCCUGCUAUAAUCUCCAAAUCAGCACCUGACUGUCACUCACAACCGACUUCAUCGCUAACAUGACCCAAACGUGGCUCAUCACCGGUGCCUCCUCCGGCCUCGGCACCGCCCUCGCCCUCGCCGCUCUCCGCGCGGGGCACAAAGUCCUCGCGACAGCUCGCAAUCCCACCAAAGCCGCGCAAGAGAAUCCCCAAAUCGAAGAACUAGGAGGCAUUUGGAUCUCGCUGGACGUGACGAGCCCCGAUACAGCAAAACAUGUCACAGAUGCGAUAACCACAGCGGGUGGGACCAUCGACGUGGUCGUCAAUAAUGCGGGGUACUCGCUCCUCGGCAGUAUCGAGGACAUGAGUGAGAAUGAGAUCGAGACGCAAUUCAGCACAAAUGUUUAUGGACCGGUGAGGAUAUUGAAAGGAAUACUGCCGUUUAUGCGCGCGCAGAGAUCCGGCACGGUGGUGAAUAUCAGUAGUAGUGCGGGGGUGGAUGGGGCGCCGUCUUGUGCUAUGUAUGCGGGGUCGAAGUUUGCGGUGGAAGGUAUGUCGGAAAGUCUAUCGAAAGAGCUCCAACCGUUUGGCAUCCGAGUCAUCUUGGUCGAGCCUGGGUAUUUCCGGACCAAGUUCUUUGCGGCGUUUGUUGCCCCCGCGGCCGGGUUGACGGAGGAUUAUGUUGGCACGCCGGUGGAGGCUGCUUUGAAGGCGAUUAAGGCGAAGGAUGGGUCGCAGGAGGGAGAUCCCGUCAAAGCAGCUCAACGGAUUCUGGAGGUGGUGACAUCGAGGGGAUUGGGGGCUGGAACGGAGGGGUUCCUUCGUGUGCCGCUGGGCCAGGAUUGUUAUAAUCGUUUCCAGACGAAGAUUGAUACGUUGCAGGCGAAUCUGACAAAGAUGAAGGAAAUUGCGCAUUCGACUGGGUUUGAUAGCUAGAUUGAUGGAAUUUUGGGAGUGGAAGAUGAAGUAUGAUGAUGAUAUCUCAACACUCUGUCAGGUGUGAGCCUUGUUUGAUGUAUAUCGAUGUAAACACUGUAUCCG